AUGCAUCAUGGCGCUCAGAACAAUGCACUCUAUUCUCCUCCGUUAAACUUUGCGAUGGUGGUGAAGGAUGUCUAUCGCAGUGCGUAUCCAACACUGUCAAAUUUGCCGUAUUUACGUGAUAUUGGCAUUAAGACGCUUGCUCUCCUCUCCAUUGAAGCCCUCCCGGCGAAAGUUCUUAAGGCGCUGGAGGAACCACCGAAACUUCUUGUGGAGCAGGGCCGCUUCUCCCCUAAUUCUCCUUUAAGCUCGCUCUCCAUUACAAGGCUGCAGGCACCCGUCUCGAACGAUACGAAAAGCGCGACGCUGACGAAUUCCUACUCCUCUCUUUCUUCCACUUCGAGGGAGAUUCGCGUGUUGAGGCUGGCGAAUAUGCGGAGUUGGCGGGACGAUGCGUAUAAUAGCGGGUGUGAUUUCAGCCAGCGGGAUGUGAUACGGGGGCUCGAUAUUGCGGUGGAUCCGCAAUGGCAUCCCGUGCUUUUUGCGUGCCCGACCGGUGAACUCCAGACGAACGUUCUUGUUGGCUGCAUACGCCGACUUCAAAACUGGAGCUUAUCCUCGAUUUUUAACGAAUGUGAACUUUUCACCAGCCUUACCCGGACGACGUCGCCUCAGGUGCUGAACUUUAUUUCGAUGUGGUUGCCGGAGGAUAAUCCGAUGAACGUCUUGGAUGUGAUCACUCGAAAUCGGGAAUGGGUCAAGCAGGUGGAUGGACGGCCGCAGGAGCCGGAUCAGCCCAAGAAGAGUGCCGCCAAUGCUGUUCAAACGCAAACGAAAGCGGAACGAGCACUUCCCCUGGCAGAUGGUAACGAUAAUGACGAUGACGGCUAUAGUGCAAAUAAAGAAGAUGCCACUUUGAACGUCGUUUCCUCGCAGGAUAGCUCUAUUCAGAACCCUGGUAAUGCAAAAAGUCUUUCCCUAUUGUUAGGCUUAGGCGCACCCAGCGGUAAGGAGAUUUCUUCUAUCUUAGGUGCCAAAGAAUCAGAUAAUUUCCAGUUUGCUGAGUGGUAUCUUCAAACCCUUCGUGAAUUUUCCGUCUUGGGGGAUUUUAUAACGCCAAAAAGCGGAAAAUUCCCUUUAGUAGGUCUUGAAAAAGCUGCAACUGAAAAUCAGCUCCCGCCACCGCAUGUACUUUUUGCCGGAGUGCGCAAUCCACCCUCUUUAGAUCCGCGCUCUAGCUUCACAAAGGAGUCCAUCGUAGAAGAGGAUGAUGACUGA